CGGAUGAUGAAGCGGGUCCUCUGGCUGAUUUCAGGCUUAAACAGAAGAAUGAUGAAGCUACUUUUUGCCCUCGCUUUGAUAGCCUACAUUGCCUCCGUGUGGGGAACAUACACAAACAUGAGAUCAAUACAAGACGGAGACGUGAAAAUUGAGCAGAAAAUUGAUGAGGCUGUGGCUCCUCUUAGAGACAAAAUUCGCGACCUGGAACAAAGUUUUUCUCAGAAAUACCCACCGGUAAAGUUCCUCUCAGAAAAGGAUCGAAAGAGAAUAUUGAUUACCGGCGGGGCUGGUUUUGUUGGAUCCCAUCUGACUGACAAGCUGAUGAUGGAUGGCCAUGAAGUGACCGUGGUCGACAACUUCUUCACGGGGAGGAAGAGGAACGUGGAACACUGGAUUGGUCACGAAAACUUUGAACUCAUCAACCACGAUGUGGUGGAGCCUCUUUACAUUGAAGUGGACCAGAUCUAUCACCUUGCGUCUCCAGCCUCUCCUCCUAACUACAUGUACAAUCCCAUCAAAACACUCAAGACGAACACGAUCGGCACUCUGAACAUGCUCGGUCUGGCGAAACGUGUGGGCGCAAGACUUCUCCUGGCCUCUACGUCAGAGGUUUAUGGAGAUCCAGAAGUGCACCCUCAAAACGAGGAAUACUGGGGUCACGUGAACCCAAUUGGUCCUCGAGCAUGCUAUGACGAGGGGAAGCGCGUAGCAGAGACCAUGUGUUAUGCCUACAUGAAACAGGAAGGAGUGGAGGUCAGGGUGGCAAGAAUCUUCAACACAUUUGGCUCCCGGAUGCACAUGAACGAUGGACGUGUUGUCAGUAAUUUCAUCCUUCAGGCUCUACAAGGAGAACCUCUCACUGUGUAUGGAACUGGCUCCCAAACAAGGGCCUUCCAGUAUGUAAGUGAUCUGGUGAACGGCCUCGUGUUGUUGAUGAACAGUAACAUCAGCAGUCCGGUCAACCUGGGGAACCCGGAAGAACAUACCAUAUUGGAGUUUGCCCGUCUCAUCAAAAGUCUUGUUGUGAGCCGAAGCCAGAUCCAGUUCCUGUCCGAGGCCCAGGACGACCCUCAGAGGAGGAGACCCGACAUCCGGAAAGCCAAGAUGAUGCUCGGCUGGGAGCCGGUGGUGCCCCUGGAGGAAGGCCUGAACAAAACCAUUCAGUACUUCAGCCGAGAGCUGGAGCACCAGGCCAACAACCAGUACAUCCCCAAACCUAAAGCCGCCCGCAUGAAGAAGGGGAGACCCAGACACAACUGA